AUGCUGCCCUACCGACUGCUCCAGUUCGACCAGCCGAGCCUGCCGCUGAACUGCGAACCGACAGACGAGCUGCUCGAGUCGCUGUCCAUCACCUUCAACACCUGCAUACCGUCGUACCUCGCGCUCGUAUCAACGCUGCUCGGCACGUGCAGUAUCGUGUCGUGGCUGUUCGCGCAGCUGCCGCAGAUCUACAAGAACUACAAGCUCAAGUCGACGUCGGGGCUCAGCGUGUACUUCCUCAGCGAGUGGCUGCUGGGGGACCUGACGAACCUGCUGGGCUGUUUGUUCACGGGGCAGGCGACGUGGCAGAUUGUCAUUGCCAGCUACUAUGUCUUUGUGGACUGCGGGCUGACGGGGCAGUGGAUCUGGUAUGAGCUGCUGCACCACGGCCGCCCGCUGCGCCCGAUCUGGGGCCGCUGGAAGAGCGGCGAGAACGAUGGCGGGAGUGGUGGUGGUAUGCAGCAGGUUGCGAAAGGCAAGACGCCGGAGACACCGGACAAGAAGGAUAUUGAGGUCCAGCACUCGGCUCCGCUCGACGCCUUCCGCAUCCCCAACUUUGCGCGCUCGCCCGGCAAUGUGAAGGAGUCGUACGCCGUGUCGCCCUUUGGCGGCCCGCAGAUCCUCGACUCCCCGGGCACGCCCUCGAAUCGCAAUAUCCGCCGCGUCGCGGCCUCGAGCUCACCCCUCGCGUCCCCCAAAACCCUGCUCUACAUCAGCGUGGUCUUCGCGGUGCUCUCGCACGGCACGCUCGCGCACCCCACGGGCCCCUCGCCCGCGCUAUCCCCCCUCAGCUCCACCCCUCCGAUGACGACCCGCGAAAUCCUCGGCAAAAUCUUCUCCUGGUCCUCCACCAUCCUCUACCUCGGCAGCCGCCUCCCGCAACUCUACAAAAACCACUGCCGCCGCAGCACCGCCGGCCUGUCGCCCACGCUCUUCGCCGCCGCCUUCUUCGGCAACCUGUUCUACUCGUCCUCGCUGCUCACGAACCCCAGCGCCUGGACCGACUUCCCCGCCGGCAGCGGCUGGGCGCCCGACGGCUCCACGCGGGGGGUCUGGAUCAGCCGCGCGCUGCCCUUCUUCCUGGGCGCCGCGGGCGUGCUGAUCAUGGACGCGGCUGUGGGCGUGCAGUUCGCGGUCUUCGGCGACGGGGAGCUGAAGGACGCGCGUGGGCGCAUGGUGCUUAGAGAUGAUGAGAUCGUGGUCGAGGUCGAUGAGCACGGGGUCAUGAAGAGGAGGAGGCUGCACUGGCGCAGGGUCAGUGGGUGGAUGCGCGGAUGGGCGCCGGCGGUCAGUGUCGCGGCGACGCCGAGCAGCAUCCCGAUCCGCACGGGCGGGCGGGCGCUGGACGAGGCGCGCGCGCUGCUGGGCACGAGUCGGCACGCGAGUCCGCGUAGUUAUGGGGCGCUGGGGGGGAGUCCGCGGUGA